CGCUUUUUCGCCUUCCGGCCUGAGAAUGCGUUUUCUGUAGUUUGUCUUGGAGCAUCUUUUCUAGGAAGUAAACACGUCCUAGUUUGAGACGCGGACCUUCCGGUAGUGCUGUAACAGCUUCCGGCGCUACCUAGCUGUAAAUACUCUGUAUGUGACGCCGUGUCGCCCACGAAGACGAUCAAGGUUUAGAAAUAUUCAGAGGGAUCUUACGGUAAUCUAUAUCAGCCCGCCAAGAUGGCGAUGCAAGCGGCUAAGAGGGCGAAUAUUCGCCUCCCACCUGAAGUAAAUCGGAUUUUGUAUAUAAGGAAUUUGCCAUACAAAAUCACAGCAGAAGAAAUGUAUGAUAUAUUUGGGAAAUAUGGACCUAUUCGUCAAAUCAGAGUAGGGAAUACACCUGAAACCAGAGGAACAGCAUAUGUGGUCUAUGAAGACAUCUUUGAUGCUAAGAAUGCCUGCGACCAUCUAUCGGGAUUCAACGUUUGUAACAGAUACCUUGUGGUUUUGUACUACAAUGCUAACCGGGCAUUCCAGAAGAUGGACACCAAGAAGAAGGAGGAGCAGCUGAAGCUUCUCAAGGAAAAGUAUGGCAUCAACACAGAUCCUCCCAAAUGAACAGCAGCCAUGCGUGGUCCCGGUUACCCUUCUCUUUUUAAUUGAUACUGAACAUUGUGAUUUCUUAUUUGUGACCUAGAAUGACUUGUUUGGAAGUUUUCUAGCAUUUGCAUAUAUUAUAUUAAUAAACUUGUAGCUUUUGUAAAAUA